AUGACACCAACACCACCGUCAGCGACGGCCUCAGACAACUCUCCAGACUUCCGCGUCGUCCGCAAACGGAAUCGAGUGCCCCUCUCAUGCGCACCAUGUCGGAACAGAAAGCUCAAAUGCAAUCGCCUGUCGCCAUGUGACAACUGCACGAAGCGAGGGGACGCCGGAUCAUGUACAUACGCUGCGCCUUCGACGAAGCGGAAAGGCACUAAGAACAAUGACAACAAGAAUGUCGGUGAGCAGACACCAGAUGAUAUGCAGAACAGGAUCGACCGCCUAGAAGGACUGGUGCUAAGUCUGAUGACAAAUGGCAGCUCUGCGCCCGGUCCGGCAGCGGCAGGUGAAGCGUUGAGCGCGGGAGGCAGCAGUGGCAUGCCCAGUGGGAGUCUUGGUCCCGAUCUGGACAACGAGCUGGAUGGCAAUGACGACAUGCACGAUGACGACGACGAUGAUAACGAGAGCGAGACGGAAAAUGUGACCAAGUCAUUCGGCAUACUGAAGGUUGAUCAGGACAACAAGAAGACAUUCUAUGUCGGCGAAGCACAUUGGGCUGCUCUGCUAAAUGAGAUCGGCGAGGUCAAGAACUACUUCGUUGCGCACCGGACAGAGUACGAAGCACAGAUGGAGAAGGUCGCCCAGAGCAGACGUGAGAUGGGCACAGAUGUUGGCUCAGGUCCGGCGUUGUUGUUUGGUGCCACCAUUCCACCCAGUCGCAACGAGAUUCUCGCGCAAAUACCAAGCAGAUAUAUGUCCGACAUCCUAAUCGGACGAUAUUUCAACACUUUCGAUCCGGCUACCCAUAUCCUGCACGGGCCGACUUUCCAGCGGCAGUACAACGCACACUGGGCGGAUUCGAGUAGGACGUCGAUCGUCUGGGUUGCCAUGCUCUUCGCCAUGAUGCGAUUAGCAAUGCUUUCGUACGGACGAGAAGGCGACGAACCACCCGAAUUUCGAGGCAAAUGUCAGGAUCUGGCUGCCAACUACAGAACUCAGAUGGCGCAUUGCUUGAUCACAGCCGAUUACACUAAGCCGCACAACCACAUUAUCGAGACGCUGAUCUUCCAUCUACACGCCGAGUACACGUCGAAUCGAGACGCCGAGGCCAGUGUGUGGGUCCUGGUGGGCAUGAUUGCUCGUUUGGCAAUGAGGAUGGGAUAUCACCGGGAUCCGAAGCAUUUCCCAAAUCUCACACCAUUUCAGGGCGAGAUGCGGCGGAGGAUAUGGACAUUUGUGCGGAGUGCGGAUCUCCUGUUUUCGUUCCAGGUCGCCCUCCCAUCUAUGAUUCGAAUAGGCGAUUCGGAUACAGAGCUACCGAGCAAUCUGUUCGAUGACGAGUUUGAAGAAGAGUCGAAAACUCUGCCAAUAUCACGGCCGAAUAAUGAAGCCACACCAAUAUCUUACAUGGUUGCCAAGGGUCGACUCGCCUACGGCUUCGGCCGUGUAUUGGAGGAGACCACAUCAGUGCAUCGCCGCGGCUACGACGAAGUCCUCAAGAUCGACAAAGGCCUGCGAGAUAUCUACGAUGCCAUUCCUGACUACCUCAAACUCAAGCCUAUGCGCGAGAUGUCACUUGCUCCGAUCUCCUUGAUCAUGGCUCGAUUCAGCUUGGCUACGAUCUACCACAAAUCCCAAGUCGUGCUACAUCGGCGGUAUAUUCGGCAAGCUCGUGGGAACAACAGAUAUAUGUACUCGAGAAGAACGUGUCUGGACAGUGCUCUGCAACUACUGAGCUUCCAGAUGACUCAACAUCAAGCAUCACAAGAACGUGGAAGGCUGAGAAGUGUACGAAGUCAUGUGAACAGCUUGACAACGCACGACUUCCUGCUCGCGGCCAGUGUGGUGGUCAUGGAUCUGUACAAUCAAAGAGAUGCGCGUCCAGAAGCAAACGGCAACGAUGUCAGCACACCAAGCACUACCGUUAGUGGCAGCGGCUCGAUCAGCCAGGGGAGCAAUGCAUCUGCUCCAUCACCGGCAGAGGCCCCGUACUGUGCAGGGAUGACUUGCACGAAGGACGAUCUAUUGCGGGCGCUGGAAGGCAGUCAGAAGGUCUGGGUUGCGAGUCGAGACUACAGCAUGGAGGCGUACAAGGCGAGUGAGCUUCUGGGUGUGCUGCUCCAACAAUUACGACUCCCAUCACAAAGCCAGCCGGCGCCGCCGCAGCAAUCGUCGAACAUGCAACCUUCGCCGUAUCAGCAGCAAGCAAAUAGCAAUGACGACGAGCGCUCCGCUGCGAUGGGGUUGGGUAUGUUACAACAACAACAACAGCAGCAGCAGGCACAAGCACAACAGCAGCCCAUACUCCAGAAUGCCAACCAGUUCUGGCCGGGCGAUGCGAAGAACAUGUCGAACAUCUUCCCUUCCAAUCCCGACACACCAGGCUUCGGCGGAUCGUUCAUGCCCACGAGCGGCAACUCACCCUUUCCAAACAAUAUCUUUGACGGCGCAUGGGCUCAAGGCGGGGAUGGCAGUAACAUGAAUGUUGACUGGGAAGCAUUCGACCAAGCCUUCCAAAUGUCCAACGUGAACAUGGACCCCGCCGCCAACCCAUGGUCAAUCCAGAACCCAAAUUCCCCAUCGAACAACAUCUUCGGUCAAACCACGACCUCCUCACCCGACUCCUCGUCGAAUAAUCAAGACUCCUCGAGCUUCGGCAUGCCCACCAACUCCUCCACCUCCGGCACGACGAACUUCUAUGGCCAGAAUAUCAGCAAUCCCGCCCUCGGCAACGGCGGUGGCGGACCGAUGAAUUUCAGUUUUGACACUGGUACGAUGGACUAUAAUGGUAUUAGUCGGAGUUCGAGCACGGGCGUGGGGACGGAUAGUAUGGGGCCGGUGUUGAGUGAGACGGAUACGAAUAGUGGCGGAGAUGGUGGGCAGAGUGCGGGUGAGGUGUUUAUGGGUGUGCAGAGUCCGGUGCCGGGUGGGUAUACGGGGUGGAAGUGGAAAUGA